AUGGCUGUAAAUAAACAGGGCAAAAUGCCGCGUCUGUGUCUGUUUCCUGGAGCUGAGAUUCCGCUAACAGUGCCUGCCAACCAGAUCAACUACCGGAUGAGGGUGACCUUGACCGAUGGACGACAAAUGACAGGUCAAAUGCUCGCCUUUGAUAAGCAUAUGAAUCUCGUUCUAGCGGAUACGGAGGAAUUCCGGCGUGUCAAGAGAAAAUCAACCAAAUCAACUCAAGCCCCCGGAUCCAGCACACCAACCCUCGUCGAAGCCGAAGAGAAACGAACGCUUGGCCUCACAAUCUUGCGCGGGACACAAGUCGUCUCGUGUUCCGUUGAUGGACCGCCGCCUGCAGACCCCGCAGCGCGGUUAGGUUCAACUGUGCCUGGCGCAUCAGGAGCUUCUGCAGCCACCUUGGCCGCAGGGCCUGGUAUCAGCAGGCCUGCUGGAAGGGGUUUGCCUGUUAGCCUUGGGGGCCCAGCAGCUGGUGUUGGUGGACCGCCCCCUCCCGGAGGAUUUGGAGCGUUCCCCCCUCCAGGAUUCCCUGGGGCCCUGCCCCCGGGAUUCCCGGGACGAGGAGGACCACCUGGAGGACCUGCUGGCUUUGCACCACCACCUCCUGGAUUCGCACCCGGUGCAACCGGUGGACCCGGUGGACCUCCCGGGUUCCCACAGCCACCUGGUUUCCAACCCCCUCCUGGCCAGGGCAGAGGCUUCCCGCCCCCUGGAUUUGGUGGACGAUGA